AUAACAACCGCAAAAGAAGUCCAAGUAGUUGUAUAUCAUCCUCUUUGCAAAAUUAAAACAUCGCAGAUAAUAUCUUAAAAAUAUAAAAUACAGUAGAAAAAGAUAAACUCCCAACAAAAUGAAUGGACCGAAUUGGAAAUCUUUUAUUGGUGCGACGGGUUCGGCAUUACUAAAAUGCGUUACUUUUAUGACAACAUUGAAAACGAAGAAAAGUGCACAUUGUGAUAGUAUUAACGAGGUGCUUUUCUACGGAGCAGAGGAUGAUAAAAAAAAGGAAGAAAUCGGAACAAAUAACCUCUUGUGCAUUUACUAUGUGAUAGUCCACGCCUGUCGUUCGCUAGACGUUUGCCUACCAACUUUAAAAAGUGAUACUAUAUCGAAAUGUUUAAUAAAUGUACAUAAGAGAAAUUGUGUGGUUAUUCGAAUAGUGUUAUACAACGCCGACAACUCAGAUAUGUUGCAAGAACUUGGGAAACAAGGAAUUUCUGUGAAGAUAGUUAAUUUCGCGCCAAAAUUGGAACACGAAUUUAUUAUAAUAGACGCGAUUGAUGAAUGUAAAGAUGCUGUGGCUGUUCUUGGAUCUUUAGAUUAUGAAUUAUCACGAGUUAAUUGCAAUAGGGAUUCAACACUAUUAACAUCUGAUUGUGCUGUAAUUCAAGCUUUGAAAAAUGAAUUCGAAAGAAUAUGGUCUUUAGAAGAAAUUGUUCCGUGUGAGUAAAAAUAUUUAUAUAGGUUUAGAAAUUGAUUUUAACUAAUUAACUGCAUCAAC